AAGACAACAACUUUCCUUAUCGUCUGAGCUUUCAUCCUUCUAUCAUCCAAGGGAAGAUAUAGCAAGGAGGACAGAGAAAGGGAGUCAUGGUGGAUAUUUUCAUAUGGCUUAUUUCUUUCUUCAUCCUCAUUGCCCUUGUUGUUCUCCUCAUUUAUCAGCUCACAUGCUUGGCUGAUUUAGAGUUUGAUUACAUCAACCCUUAUGACUCUUCAUCGCGGAUAAACAAAGUCGUCUUGCCGGAAUUCUUCCUGCAAGGCUUUUUAUGUUUAUUCUAUCUAUUAACAGGGCAUUGGGUCAUGUCACUUUUAUGUACUCCAUAUUUAUACUACAAUGUGACACUUUACACAUCGAAACAACACCUGGUUGAUGUCACGGAGAUAUUUAACUUGCUUCAAAGAGAGAAGAAUCAACGCUAUUAUAAACUUGCGUACCUUGUUGUUCUCCUAUUUUUAUCGUUAUUCUGGAUUAUCUUCUCCUCAUUAGAAUACGAAGAUGAUUAAAAGGAGCCUAGCAUUGUUCUUAAUCUGAGACAUCAACAAUAUGACUACACUGUUCAGUGUCAUCGAAGGAAGCUCCCACUACAGAUCCUGAGCAGAGUACAUGGAAUUCAUCUAUGGAUUGUUUAUGGCUCACAACGAUAACAGAAACUAUUAUGGCGUUGAACAACACGAAGCGUGAAAGCGGAUUGUACGAGAACUCAAAAUUGCAGGUUGAUAAAGGUUUCAGGGUGACAACACAGAACUAAAGCUGAACAAAAGAGCUUCAUUCAAGCGUGUACUAAACAGGAGAUAAUAUGUUUA